GCUAAACCAAUCACUUCCGAUUCUAAAGUGUCCAAAAAACAAAAUGCAAAUAAAAAAAAAAAAAAAAUUGAAAUUAACAAUGAUUAUAAGGAUAACUUGGGUUUAUCAAUGACGCAAUAUCCCGUUAUGUCUGCAAACGACAAAGAUAUUGCUUUUUUUUCAAAUUUAUCAUUUAGUAAUUUUAAUUGUGAUUAUGAUGAAAAUUUUCUCGAUUUUCAUCAAAAAUUGGAUGAAAAUUUAUAUGAAAUUAAUGUUCAAAAACAGAUUGAGUCAGUUCCAGUCUCUAACCAAUUUAACACAAUCAAUACAAUAAAUUCUCUAAGUUCAUUAAAUUCUCUAAGUCCAUUCAAUUCUAUAAAUUCAAUCAAUACAUUGAAUUCAUUCAAUACUUUAAAUUCAUUAAACUCUUUGAAUCCGCUAAGCACAUUAAAUCCAUUGAGUUCAUUGAAUGCAAUCAAUUCCUUUAACUCUCUUAAUUCUAUAAAUUCCUUAAAUCAAGCAGCCCCCAGCAGCCAAUUGAAUACUGAUGGCCAAAUAAAUUCACUUGCCUCUCUAAAUAAUUUUAGUCUAUACAACCCAAUGGACUCAAUUAAUACAAUGAAUUCAAUUACUUCCAUGACUCCAAUUGGUUCGAUAAAUUCCAUGAAUCAAAUAGGUACAAUGAAUUCUCUCAAUCAGUUCAGUCAUCUUAAUCAAACUAGCCCUCUUAAUUCCAUGAUUCAGAAUAGUCAAAUCAACAGUAAGAAUUUUUCAGCUGAUUUAUCUUCUAAUUUAUCUUCUAAUUUUUAUUUCAAGGAUAAAUAUCCAUCUAACAUCAAUAACUUUGAGUUUCUAAUUAAUGACCAUAAUCUAAUUUCGACUCCAACAGAUCCUACUAUUUCUAAAACUUUAUAUCCAAUUGAUAUUGAAAGUUUAAAUACUUUCAAUGAUCUAAGAAAUUUUAACAAUGCCGAUCUUGAAAAUUUAAACAUUAACACUGAUAGCCCGAUAAACUUGGAAAACAGUUUAGAUACCAAUUAUCUUUCUGGGUAUUUGGCAAACAAUUAUUUUAAUUUUGAUAACAUUCAUUCAGAUCAAACAACAAUGAGCUUGGGCUACCUCCCCACGCUAAACAAGCAAGAUGCUUCAUUAUAUUGGGAAUCCGAAAGCUUUUUGUUGUUGAAUAAAGAAAUUAACGACUUGAAAAAUAAAAUUGCUAAUGAUUUAGAUACAGUUGGAGAUUUCUCAAUGACAAAACCUUCUACAUUUUUUGAGGGACUAAAUGAUGAAUGUCCAACCAUGUUAAUUCCUACCAGUGCUUCUCAAGUGGUUUUAUGAAGUUCAAAUAAAUUC